CUCGGCACCACAUCCGCACUCCCCGCUCGCUCUCGCGCGCACGCAAUCGAUAUCCUUAUUCCUGUCAAAUGGAUAAUCAUGGCAGCGACGGCGAUUGAUACGAUGUUGCAGAGCAAUAGCUUUCAGGCGAAAAAGAAAGAGGACGUCGACAAUAAGGACAAUUUGUGGUCGUCUAUUCUGGCGGAAGUGCAGAACAGCGGCAACAACAAACUACCGUCGAACAAAAACGUCCUUGUUUUAGGUGACAAUGAGAGUGGGAAGACUACACUUAUAGCUAAACUGCAAGGUGUGGAGGAUCCAAAGAAAGGAUCUGGAUUAGAAUUUGCAUAUAUCGAUGUUAGAGAUGAUUACAGAGACGAUCAGACGAGAUUAUCAGUAUGGGUUCUGGAUGGAGACCCGGGUCACGCAAAUCUUUUGAGAUUUGCUCUGAACAAAGAGAGGUUUCCACAUACGCUUGUUAUGUUAGUCGCUGCCAUGACUACACCAUGGGCAAUUCUAGAUCAGCUUCAAUCAUGGGCGGCACUAUUAGGCGAUCAUAUUGACAAAUUACCCUUAGAUAAUGACACUAGGCAACGGUGCAGGCAGUUUAAUAUUAAAAAGUGGCAAGAUUACACAGAACCGGGAGACGAGCUUGAUCCCGGAAGUCCUCUACGACGCACUAGUCGUAAUCUGGACGACGACACCGCUGAAGGCUUACCUCUGCCGGAAGGAGUACUUAUAACCAAUCUGGGCCUAGACAUCGUCGUGGUCAUAACGAAAACCGAUUACAUGUCUACUCUCGAGAAGGAACAGGAUUACAAAGACGAACACUUCGACUUUAUGCAGCAAUGGAUCAGGCGGUUUUGCUUGCAAUAUGGCGCUGGUCUCUUCUACACAUCGGCGAAGGAGGAUAAGAACUGUGAUUUGCUUUAUAAGUAUCUUACGCAUAGGAUUUAUUCUUUACCGUUCAGGACACCAGCUCUGGUUGUUGAAAAGGAUGCAGUACUUAUACCCGCUGGUUGGGACAACAUGAAGAAGAUUAGCAUUCUGCACGAGAAUUUGCAGUCCAUGAAGGCGAGCGAUUACUAUCGCGAUGUUAUUGCGCAACCAGCGACCAAUCGAAAAUGUGUUGCGAGAGAAAUGGAGAUUCAGGCGGAGGAGGAGCAAGCUUUUCUUGCGAGGCAACAGGCCGCUCUGUCAGGCUUGAAAGACCCCACUCGUUCUCCGACCACUCGGAACCAGGUGGCGUCGCCGAACAAGAAGUUGGAUCCCAAGGGCACCGGUGCGACGCCGUCUGGGGAGGGUGUUUUAGCUAAUUUCUUCAAUUCUCUUCUCUACAAGAAAAGCGGAGUUCCACCCGGCUCACCCGGCACGCCAGGCAGCGUAGGAGCGAGUCCCAUAAAAAUCGAUAGCGCACCGGUGGACAAAGCCACGAUGUGUAACGACGCGGUGGCGGAAUUAGAUCGUCUUACGCGGACCAAGAAGCUGUCUCCACCCAACUUGAACUCGUCGUCUGAAUGUUAAGAGAUAGAAUGCGCUUUUUCUUCGCGACCCGUUACUAUGAUAAAGACGACGAAGUUGAGAAGCUUCGUCGCCAUCGGACCAGAUUUUAAGACACGAAUGUGGAGCAUGCUGUGAAACGGUAAGGCAGGUCGCAGGGGACUAAAAUCUAGCCCUAAUCAAUGAUAGUCUAACCCGAUCAAACCGAGUAAACGAGGAAGAUCCAAAAUGAAGAAAAAAAUGGAAGAAAAAGGAAUAAAAAUAUAUAAAUAUAAAUAUAUAUAUAUAUAUAGUCUGUCACCGUGCAACACACUCUGCAACAGCCUCGAUUGUUGUGUUUGACUAAAUAUCAUUAACGAUGCAGAGAACAACUAGAAAGCUAUUAAAUUAAUGUAAUUAAAUAUUUAAUAUAAUAAUAAUAAAUCAAGAUGCUUACGCACACCUG